GAGAGAGAGAGAGGUGGAGGGGAGGAGGGGAGGAGGGGUAGAGAAGAAAGAAGUGAGAGCCAAUAAGAGGCAGUGGGUGCAGACUCACUCUGUUUGUGACACCUUGUGGUGGAGAGUGAGGGGGUGGCAGAGAUGGAGAGAGAGGGGGGCACCACUGGAUAGAGAUAAAGAGAGAGAGAGAGAGAUCAAAGCAGAGGAAGAGACAGAGGAGGAGGAACGAGGAUGAGAGAUAGCGGCGCUGCAGCGAGCGCCCUGCCUGCCUUCUCGCGACGAGUGUUUACUCCACUUUCCCUGAGAGCCGGUUAUCUUCCCUCUGCGUGAGUCCUGGAAGUGAUUUAAGUGAGCGGAGCGUCGCGGAGGAGAAGAAAUCCACAGAUCCGUUAGAGCGUCUGCGCCGUGAGCAGGCCCGACUCGCUCUGUGAUUCGGGGGGAUCGAUGCCAGUCCGCCGAGCGAACGGAAGGAACAACCCGAGCGCAUCGGCAAACAGUGAUCUUGACGCUCAUGUGGAAGUUCGUGGACACGAUGCGGUGUUUCAGGAAACGAUCCAUGUUCCCCUUCCUCGGCUUCCUCAUCACCUUCCUCCUCUUCUUCAACCUCUACAUGGAUGACGGCUUUGUGCUGGAGGCUGAAAAAAGGCCGCUGGCAGAGACGCUGAUGCAUCCUGGGAACUCCGAGCGAUACGCGCACACGUUCACGGACCUGUCCAACUUCUCCGGCACCAUCAACGUGACGUAUCGCUACCUCGCCGGGAUCCCUCUGCCGCGCAAAAAGUAUCUCACCAUCGGGUUGUCGUCGGUCAAGAGGAAAAAGGGGAACUACCUCCUGGAGACGAUCAAGUCCAUCUUCGAUCAGUCCAGUUACGAGGAGCUCAAGGAGAUCGUGGUCGUGGUCCACCUGGCGGACUUCGACCUGGUCUGGUGUGAGAACCUGGUGCAGGAAAUCACCAGGAAGUUUGCCCACCACAUCAUAGCCGGUCGCCUCCUGGUGAUCCAGGCCCCGGAGGAGUACUACCCGUCUCUGGACGGGCUGAAGAGGAACUACAACGACCCGGAGGACCGGGUCCGUUUCCGCUCCAAGCAGAACGUGGACUACGCUUUCCUCCUGAACUUCUGCACCAACCUGUCUCACUUCUACAUGAUGUUGGAGGACGACGUGCGCUGCUCCAGGAACUUCCUGACGGCGCUGAAGAAGGUGAUCACCUCCAGGGAAGGUUCCUACUGGGUGAUGCUGGAGUUCUCCAAGCUGGGCUACAUCGGGAAGCUGUACCACUCCAGGGACCUGCCGCGCCUCGCUCACUUCCUUCUCAUGUUCUACCAGGAAAUGCCCUGCGACUGGCUCCUCAUCCACUUCCGGGGUCUGCUGGCCCAGAAGGACGUGAUCCGCUUCAAGCCCUCGCUGUUCCAGCACAUGGGGUACUACUCCUCCUACAAAGGAGCCGAGAACAAGCUGAAGGACGACGACUUCGAGGAAGACUCCGUCGACAUCCCCGACAACCCGCCCGCCAGCAUGUACACCAACAUCAACGUCUUCGAGAGCUACGACGCCGCCAAGGCGUACAGCACCGUGGACGAGUACUUCUGGGGGAAGCCUCCGUCCACGGGAGACUUCUUUCUCAUAAUCUUCAACAAAUCGACGAAAAUCGUCCGGAUUAAGAUCGUGACGGGCACGGAGGACCGGCGGAGCGACGUGCUGCGCCACGGGGCGCUGGAGGUGGGCCAGAAGGCCGUGGACACCAAACAGGGCCGGCGGUGCUCCUCCUACAUCACGCUGGGGGAGUUCAAAGGGGGCAGCGUCGAGGCGGACGACGUGGACCGCAAGAUCGGCUUCGACAUCGAGUGCGUGCGCGUCGUCGUCACCGCCGGCCAGAAGGAAUGGCUCAUCAUCAGAACUAUCGGUUUAUGGACCACGCAGCCCGCCAGUCAGUUUUAAAAGCAGGGUUUUUUUUUUUUUUUUAAAGCGCAGCGUUCAUUUUUGGACUUCUUCUGGGCUUCAGAGAAAUCCAUAUUUUCUUGGGUUGUCUUCAAUGUGAAUGUUUAUUAAAAUAACAGAGUCUGUACAGUGUGGAGCCUUUAUACAUAUAUGUUCUUUUUCCUAAA